AUGGGGGUCUGUGGGUACCUGUUCCUGCCCUGGAAAUGCCUCGUGGUCGUGUCUCUCAGGCUGCUGUUCCUUGUACCCACAGGAGUGCCCGUGCGCAGCGGAGAUGCCACCUUCCCCAAAGCCAUGGACAACGUGACGGUCCGGCAGGGGGAGAGCGCCACCCUCAGGUGUACCAUAGAUGAUAGGGUCACCCGGGUGGCCUGGCUGAACCGCAGCACCAUCCUCUAUGCUGGGAAUGACAAGUGGUCCAUAGACCCUCGUGUGAUCCUCUUGGUCAACACACCCACCCAGUACAGCAUCAUGAUCCAAAACGUGGACGUGUACGAUGAAGGUCCCUAUACCUGCUCUGUGCAGACAGACAAUCAUCCCAAAACUUCCCGGGUCCACCUCAUAGUGCAAGUUCCUCCCCAGAUCAUGAACAUCUCCUCAGACAUCACUGUGAAUGAGGGAAGCAGUGUGACCUUGCUGUGUCUUGCUAUUGGCAGACCAGAGCCAACCGUGACAUGGAGGCACCUGUCAGUCAAGGAAGGCCAGGGCUUUGUGAGUGAGGAUGAAUACCUGGAAAUCUCUGACAUCAAACGUGACCAGUCUGGGGAGUAUGAAUGCAGUGCCUUGAACGAUGUCGCUGCCCCCGAUGUGCGGAAAGUAAAGAUCACUGUAAACUACCCUCCCUAUAUUUCAAAAGCCAAGAACACGGGUGCGUCAGUUGGUCAGAAGGGCAUCCUGAGCUGUGAAGCCUCAGCAGUCCCCACAGCUGAAUUCCAGUGGUUCAAGGAGGACACCAGGUUAGCCACAGGCCUGGACGGAGUGAGGAUUGAGAGCAAAGGCCGCAUAUCCACUCUGACUUUCUUCAAUGUCUCUGAAAAAGAUUAUGGGAACUACACUUGUGUGGCCACAAACAAGCUUGGGAACACCAACGCCAGCAUCACAUUGUAUGAAAUAAGCCCCUCAUCAGCAGUGGCAGGGCCUGGAGCAGUCAUUGAUGGUGUAAACUCGGCCUCUAGAGCACUGGCUUGUCUCUGGCUAUCAGGCACCCUCUUUGCUCACUUCUUCAUCAAGUUUUGA